AUGGCGGAUGCAGAGACUUCCCGCUUGUGUGUUCAGAUUGUCCGGUCACACUUUGGUCCGUUAACGGCGAAUGUUGCAUCUGCACUACUCACGCGGGGAAGGCUUUCCCUUGCCCAGCUUAUUCGUUACACGAUGAUAAAACCGCGUACAGUACGCGCAGCAAUCUUGGUUAUGGUGCAACAUAAUAUUUUAUGGCAUUCCAACACCGAGGAGGAGGGCGAGAUGCUGGAGUUCCAUACACUAGAGUGUCUCAUGCGGCUUAGAUUUGGUCGCUUCGUGUGGCAGGCGGAGCAAUUGUUUGGACCUUCUGGUGCAGAAAUUGUGCAGCUAAUAUUAGAUCACGGCAAACUUCAGCCGCCAGACAUUAUUUCACGAUUGUCAAUCCAUAACCCCAAAAGUCGGGAGAUUUUUUCUGCUCUGUGGUCGUUGCUAAUGGCACACCCAGGUUCAAGCCUAUACUCACAAACAUUAUACAAGCUCAUAUCGGGCGCAUAUCUUAAGCCAUCUACAUUACUCUCACACCACUCACCUAGGGACAAGCGUAUCAAAUACGAAGCAGAAGAGAAAGCUAAAAUAACGGGUUUCCCGACAGCGAAGGAGUUGCGAGAGGCCCAAGAGACUGCGGAGGCGCGACUGAAACGGGAGGAGGAGGAGGCAGAGAGCGUAGGUUUGAAGCGGAAGCCGAAAGACCUGAUCGGUCAUCGGUCAUCCAAGAAAAAAGCAAUAGAAGAAGACAUGGUUGACGAUGGUGUCUACUUUCGGGUGAAUUUUGACAAAUUCAAUACCUAUAUCCGUAACAAGCUCAUCGAGAUGGCUGCAGGAGAACGUUUUAAUCGAAGCGCUGCUCUUGUCAUGCGAGCCACGCUAAAAGCGACUGAAGUCAGACAAAAGAGUGUAUCCGAUGCAAGAUCAGAUCCUACAUCAACUGCUGCAAUUGCCAUACUUAUUUCCGAUGACGACGACCUUUCGACUGGUCUCGUCACGUCAACCAAAAAAGCGUCUAGUGCUUCACUAGUCAAGGAUUAUCUCGGUCUAAUGUCCGCCGUAGACAAUCCAACGCCGGCUGGUAAAGCGGCAUCAUUUAUAAGCCUGAUCGACAACAAAGUAUAUGUUGAGUUUGGAAUAGUUAGCAAACGCCUGCGAAGGCGCGUGCUGGAAGCAGUGGCUCGGGAACGACACGGGGACGACGGCGUGAGGAUAGUGCGUCUACUCCUCGAUAUUGGAAAGAUGGAUGAGAAGCAGAUAGCGAAGGUCGCCAUGAUGCCAAACAAUGUUGUUCGGCCACUUCUUGCGGCGCUGUCAUCUGACUUUUUGAUCUCAACUCAAGAGGUACCCAGAAGCGCCGAUCGUAACCCCACCCGGACAUUUUAUCUAUGGCACGUUGAUCUACACAAAGCAUAUUCUGCGCUGUUGGGACACCUGUACAAGACGCUGUAUAACAUAGGCAUGCGGCGACAGGCAGAACAAGAGGAGCCGACUGUGAAAGCGGUACUGGAAAAGCGAGCACGGACGGAUGUGGCUCAGGAUGAAAACUUAUUGUCGCGGAUGGAGCGAGACGUGCUUAAGGAAUGGGAGACGAAACAGGAGAAACUCACUGUACUGGAGAUGAGGGUGGAAGAAGCCGUAUUUAUUCUUAGGGAUCUUGACAAGGUAGGAAGUCAUGAGGACAUUUGA